GUAUAUACACACAUGUCAUUCACCUAAUGUCAAAUAUACAAAAUAAUACUAGAGUGUUCUAGUUAUUUCGUUAUACGAUUGUAUAAAAUUACUGUGUAAAGGUGUUAAAAAACGAUUGUUGAUCGACUGUCGGAUGAUUUUCUGCUAUAUUUAAAGCUGUAAAAUAUAAAUUGCUUGCAUGAACCCGAACAGAAUGACGGUUGAACCUAACCAACAAAAUCCAACAUCGGUUUUCGGUUUUGAUUCCUAUCCACCGCUCUCAGCUGUAAAUUGGAAUCAGACAAAUCCGUUUACUAGUAAUAUAUCACCAAAUAUACCACGAGUUCAAAAUGAUAUGUUUAAUAUCAACUCGGGUUUAUCAUCUCAAUCGUUCAAUAGGUCUUCCUUAUCAGAUCAAAGGAAUCCAGUUCAAUUUCAACACUUUAAUAAUUUCACAUUUGGUACUCCAAGACCUACACCUGAAAUAGUGCAGUUUCCAUUUAGUAGCAGUACUAUGGGAUUUGGUACUAGAGAAUUUCGAUGUAAAAGAAAAACUGAUUCACCAUCCUUACAGCCUGCCAAACAGCUAAUAACAGAAGAGAAAGUGGCGGAACAUCUGGCACGACUUCAUAUCAACUCUGAAACGGCAGAACCGAAAGAAAACGAGACUAAUCGUAUGCAACGACUGUAUAUGUGCGAGGAAAUGCGUAAAUUUCAAAUGGAAUCGAUUCUUCCAUCUUAUUUAACAGGUCCAAUUCAAAGACCAUGUACUGCUUUAGUACUUUGGAAACCACCAACUAGGCUGAUUGAUCCAGUACCAAACAACGAAGUGAAUGAAAACAAUAAUAAAGACAAUGUGGUUGACAAUGAUAAAUCUGAAAAUCUUGCAAAAGAGGAUGAAAUGAACGAAGCUGGUAUAAAUGUUAUGGAUUUGGAUACCUGUUAAGACAUACUAAAUUACGGUAACACUUUUUAAGACUUACUACUCCAAGUGAUAUAAUUAGUUUAUAGAAUUUCAAUUAUUGUGUUUGUUUGUUUCACAGAAAUCUUCAUCAACAUUUUUACAAACAAUACCGUUAUAUACUCAAAUCAUCUUCAUAAUCAAGGUUUUCAAUGCUAAUGGAAAAUACAAAAAGUGGGAGUAAUAUUUCAAAUAAAAUUCUAUGAAAAAUAAUUAUUUAACAUAAUUAUCCCAUAUAUAAAAGAUUAUUCAAUGUUAAUUAAUAGUCAGACAUUUUAGAAGGGGUUCAAAAUUAAUUUUAGUCUCAAAAUGUUUCAUAUUUAAUGUCUUGUAUCAUCUACAGAGUUGUUUUAAUGAAAACAUCUUCAUUUAUUUAUAUAGUCCAUAUAAACCCAUUUUUCUUUUCAAAAAAUAAUUGUAUUUGUUGUAAUAUAUUUUGACAUUUCUUACAAUUGCUUUAUCAAUAUUAAUUACAUACAAACUAAGUCAGUUGUUGAAAAAAAAAAUGGAGCAAUGGAAUAUAUUCAUACAGUUAAUAUUGAAGAGGGUGGAAUUUUACUAUAGAAAAUUAGAGAAAGAGUAUAAGUUUAACACUUCCUAUCUCCCUCUACUUGCUUUUCAUUCCUUUGCUGUUCCCAUCACUUAAAAUUUCGACAUUAUGCGAAUCCAAUUAGAAUAGAGUAAACAGUGGUUUGUUCUCUCUCUAUCAGCAGUUCAGGACCAUUUGAAAUAGCUCCCAUACCACUCUGUAUCUCCCUCUAUACACAUCUGAUUCACAGUUCAUUGAUUUUAGCAAUCUGAUUCUUCUGUGGCAGUGUGCAGCUUAUAGAAUUUAAAAUGGAGGUUCUUCAUGAGAUGCGGUGACUUAUCUAUCAUGCACAUCAAUAGAGACACUUUCCAAAAUUUAUCUCAUAGAUCUUGUUUGCUUUUGGAUUAUUUCCUUGGUACAAAUUAAAAUUUGUCAAGUAACCUGAGGCAGAAUUCAAGCACUAUAUCUUGUACCCAAAUCUUAUAGGUUUGCCUCUUAUGAACUGUUUUUCAUAAUAUCUAAUCAUAGACUCAUCAUAAUCCAGUUCUUGGAUAUUAGCAAAUCCAUAAGCCGCCGUAGCAUCCACAAUUUAUCUUCAGGAGUUUUCUCAUGGAAUUACUGACCAUGGACUCAUAAUUAAUGUUCUUGCAUUUGCCACAAUCAGGUUCAGGAAAAAUUCUAUCUGUAUCGUAACUGUCAUCAGUAGGGAUUAAAAUCCAUUAAUAUCUCUUCUGAUUCAUCAUUUUCGUCCUGCAAAAUAUUUGAUAAAAUAUGCAGUUGUCGCGUUUAACAUUAUUUCUUCAGCGUUACAUAUAAGUAACGCUGGUCGUUGAUGGGUUAAGCAACAGGGAAACCAUUUAUCACUUUUGACAACAUAUAUUUGUACUGAUUUUGAAAAUAAGUAUUUCGGAUUUAAUGUUUUGCUCUAGAUUGUAAUAUUUUUCAUAAAAAUGUGAAUUACAAAUAUUGAAUUGCUUUUAUUCUUCAAAGUGUGUAUAUUAACAUGUUUUGCUUUUUUUUUACUUACUAUACAUAAUUAUAUUUUCCCCUAAUUUUCAAUUUUCACUUGGACAUUUGUGUUGAUCAAAAAUGUCUCUUUAUCAUGGUUUAUGUCACCUAUAAUGAUCUUUCCUUUUUGUUAACAGGAUUUGUUCAGAUUCGUCAUCUAGAUUUUACAGUAUUUACUUUAUCAGAUGAUUUUUCUUUCCCAUUUUUCUUAGCCCUUCUUUUAGUCAUCAGAUGUUUAUAAAAAAUUUCCGAAAAAUAUUCAUUUCGUUCCGAAAUUUAUCUGGUUACAUGUGUUUCAUUAUAACAUAACUUUUUCCAAUUGCCAAUAAAAGAAAACAAUCCAUAAAAUUCAUCAGUGAAAAUCGUUAAUUUACGAAUUAGUAGGGGAGAAUGUAAUGUAUAUACCGAAUAUUAUAUAUAUUUUUCAAUAAAAUUUUCAAAAAUA